AUGGUUUCUCUUGAAGUAUUUCAGGAGCAAUUCCAUAAGUUGAAAGAGAUUGAGGAGGGAAAGGAUCAACUCAUUGGGAAAUUGUUUGCCCGCAUCAACGAGUUGGAAAGUGGCCUGACGGAGACAAAGUUACAUCUUGAGAGAGAACAGGAUACUGCGAAAUUGUACCAGUCGAAACUCUCUGAUGUUCAGGUGAAUCUUGCGAGACUCGAAGAAAGAAUUGACUCCAAUAGUUAUGUGUCGGUUUUGAUUGAUGGUGAUUGCAUGACGUUUUGCGAUGAUCUCAUCAAAUCUUCUCAGCAAGGGGGGCUAGAGACCGUCCAUCGCCUAAGAACAAAAUUGUGCGAAUAUCUUUCAACGGAGCUCGAGUUACCAAGCCAGAUUUCAAUCCGCAUUCGAGUGUAUGCAAAUAAGAAAGGCUUGGCAUCGGCCUACAAUCACAAUGAAAGUAUAGGUAGCGCAGAUAAUUUUGAUAUGUUUGUUCGCGGUUUCAAUAUGGGACACCCCAUGUGUGAUUUUGUGGAUGCGGGUGAUGGGAAGGAGUGUGCGGAUUCGAAGCUGAAAGAAUGUUUCACGCACGACAUGGCUGAUGCCCAAUGCCGAGCGGUCAUCUUUGGUGGUUCAGCAGAUAAUGGCUAUGCGCGAAUUCUCCAGCCAUAUGUAGGAAAUACCGCAAAGAGCAAUCGAAUUGUUUUGCUCGAAGGCCCUCCAUUUGCUAAAGAAUUAGCAAUAAUGAAGGAAAAGUUUCUCGUUGCUCGCUUUCCGGAUGUGUUUAGAAACACAAAAUUAUCAAUCCGGCGAGUAUCAUUACCAACCACACCUCCUAGAAGUUCCACUCCAGACACGCCCAGCUAUGCUGCAAGAGUGCUGGGUAAUGUCGUUUCGGAUGCUGUAAGUAUGGAGGAAAGCAGCGAUUCUUCAGUGGCUGUUCCGGUACGAAGUAAGUAUAAAGUGCUUCGGAAUCGCAAAGGGCAGCGUCUCGAUGCCAUCAUUUCCCCGCCUUCAUCACUCAUUACUGUGAUGAGAAACACAAAACAUUGCAACAUGUUUCACAUUCUGGGAGAAUGUCCGUAUGAGAAGUGUAACUUCUUGCAUGGGAAAAGGCUUGACAAAAAAGCGAUUGACGCUCGACGAUUCAUCUCACGCUUCAAACCAUGUCCCUCCAAGUUGAAUUGCGAAGAUGAAAAUUGUUUACUCGGGCAUCAAUGCCCUGAGAAGGCGUGUGCAAGAAUCGGAAAAGGCUGCAAAUUUAACAAGGAGAUGCAUAACGUUGAUAGAUCUUAA